AUGGUACAGCUGCUCAUGGCCAGGUUCAGUCUCUGGUGCCGUCAUUGUAAGGCAAUCCAAACACUGAUCCCAAUCAGUCAUGAGCAGAGGGUUUUCACGAGUAAGACUGGCCAAGGCAUUGUGCAAACCAGAUGUGUGAUUAAGCACAUGAUGGACCUGGAGCAUAGGAAAUCAAUAAGGAAAAAUCAUAUUAACUCUUCAAUAGCCACAGAGGCACACACCUACCAGAUUCAAAACCAAAGCCGAGAUGUCAAGAAGCCGCAUAAACAUAUGCAUUCAAAAAGCCAACUUGCCUCUUAUAGCUUCCGCAGCUUGCCUUCAACACUAGAAAGGACUGGAGUAUCAUGGAUCCAGUUUGCAUUAAAUGCUGGCCCUAUAUCCACAUUGCUGGAACAAAUAUACAAGGGAAUGUCUAACCGCAGCUUAAGUCCCAUUUCUGCAAAAGAAGAUAGCAACGCCACAUGGUCGCCCUGCAAGAAGAUUUUCCAUUAA